CUGUAGAUUUGUUUUGGAAAUGCGCUACUAAAACGUCACUGGUUCCAGAACCGACAGCCGUUUGGUUAUAGUAUGUUGGCUAGCAGUCAGUGCUGCUUGGCUACGGGUCUUUUUGAAUAAAUGGCUUUUAAACUUUCUUGCCAAUCAGUUUGAGUUAUGUAAGAGAGCUGGAAACAUUUUAGAACUAGAUGCGUAGAGUGAAAUCCAUAGGCUUUUGCUUUUACUUUUUUGGCACAAAUAUAUGUCUGCCACGGUGCGUGUGUGGGAUCCCUACCACUGUAAAACAUGGAUUGCGCAGCCGCUUGCAUUGUGUUUUUGGAGGAAUCUCAUGCAUUGCUCCGUUAACAAAGUCAGAUCUUAAUCUUGUAAAGGAGAAACUCUGCUGUUGGUAACAUUAUGUUUUCAGACUACUCAAUACGGGAGUGAGUGUUUUUUUUUUUUUUUUUUUUACCAGUGUAUAUUUCUUCUUGAAUUUCGGGAGUUUGUAGGGCAAGGACAAUGCUUCUGGUGUUUAAUGUGGAAAUUAAGGAUCAACAUAUAAUUCAGCUCUAUGUAAUAUUGGAAGAUUCCAGCGUUGGGCUGUAUAUCUGAAUGUUUUAAUCUGAUAAAGCGAUAGAGCUAUAUAAAUUUAAUCUUGCUCUUGUACAAACUAGAUGAACUAUCGACCCCUGUUCCUGAUAUAAUGGUUGAAAAUGAAGAGUGUUUACAGUAGUUGUAUGAAUGAUGGGCACUGACAGAUUGCAGACAGACUGCUGUCUAAUAGGAUGCUGGAAGACUUUUAUUUCCCCAGAGAUGGUGAAUGGUGUCUCCCCUUCAGUGCUGUCUUCCCCUCCUUGCUGGUGUGUGUGUGGCAGUCUGGUACUUUGUUCUUUGAUGAGAUUUCCAGCAUUGGAAAUGAAGAAAGAAGAGGUUUGAGGUGCUACUUUGACUCAAAGAACGUGAUUGGUUUGUAUGACGAUUCAAAAGUGGUUAGCAGAUGGAUACAUUUCUUUCUCGUAAGAAAGCAGCACAUCAAUAAAGUCUUUUUAAUAUAAAACAAAACGACUGGAAUUUUAAAAAUCACAUUGCUCCAGAUGGCUUCACUGGAAAUACAGGCAUAUGGUCUGGUUAUGUGGUAUUGCAGAAGAAGUUUAGCAACAGAAAAGGCAAAGUAAUCAAUACUCUUGCACGAGUCCGAGUAGUAGUGGCUCUGACGCACGUUCAGUCGGCAGCGUGAAUUUCACGUACGGUCCUGCUCAAUCCGGUUCAGUGUAUAGCGAUCUUGCGGCCAAACUGCGUGUAGCGUUUGUGUGUGACCUGACAGCUGGAAAGAGGUUGGCAGCAAGUAUUUGUUCAGGUGUGUAUGAAGCGUAAACAUUGGACUUGCGUCUGAACGUAACAUAUUUGUGGUGUCCUGCACGUAUGUGAAGUUAGUUGGCAGGUUUUGAUGUUUGCUCACUCUUCCAUUUCAUUUAGGUUUUUUUCUUCUUCAUUUUUUCCUCACUGUUGCCCGAAAAUUUGUAACAUUAUUAAAGUUUUGAUCCCCAUACAGUGAAAAAUUGUUGGUUUGAAAGAUACAGCAGUAAUUUGACUUGGUAAGCGGGUGGCUUGAUUGGCAUCAUUGCCUUGAAUCAGUUAGCCUCGCAUAGGCAGAGAUGCUUUAUUAAAAUGCUUGCAUUCAAUGUUUACAGUGUUGCUGAUACAUGUGGCGUGGAGUCUGUAGGGACUCUCAAUGCAUAUAUCACCCCCACUCAUAUGGUUGGGGGUUAGACCCCUGUUAUGGCACUUCCUUUGCUGUAAUCCCUUUUUGAUCUGUUGCCCUCUCUGCAUUUCCCCUGUCUAAAUAAAGUAAAAAUAGUGUUAAAGAUGUGCAGUCUGUCCUCUCCCCUUUAAAAGAAAAAGAAAGGAAGCUUAUUUGGAAGGUAAACUGGGUUACAAUCAACCUGCAGGUGCCUGGCUUGUGUGUGUGCAUGUGUGUGUGUGUGAAUGAGACAAACAGAAGGUAGUGAGUCACCCUCGUCAGGUUGGCUGCGCCUCUCUCUCUCUCCUCUCAGUGCUCAUCUGUAUGUGCGGCUGCCGGUCUGGAACGUUCCUGAUGUCGGCUGAGUAAAUGAGUCUAGAUUGGCUGAGUCACCCCGGGGGGUCCCAGGAGCGGAACCCAACGAGCCUUCCUCUCUCCGCUCUCUCCCACGCUCCCCCCGCGUGCCACGCCCGCACCCGCCAUGGCCGGUAAAAAGUUGGCGUCCUUCGGCAAGGCCCUGCUGCGGCGCCGGGCUCUGGACUGCUCCCAGGAGGAGUCGCGGUUCGCCCGCUGCCUGUCCACACUGGACCUCAUCGCCCUGGGCGUGGGGGCCACCCUCGGGGCCGGGGUGUACGUGCUGGCGGGCGAGGUGGCCCGCGAGAAGGCGGGGCCCGCCAUCGUGCUCUGCUUCCUGGUCGCCGCCCUCUCCUCCGUGCUGGCGGGCCUGUGCUACGCCGAGUUCGGCGCCCGCGUCCCCAAGACCGGCUCCGCCUACCUGUACAGCUACGUCACGGUGGGCGAGAUCUGGGCCUUCAUCACCGGCUGGAACCUCAUCCUCUCCUACGUCAUUGGCACAGCCAGUGUGGCGCGAGCCUGGAGCUCCACCUUCGAUAACCUGGUGGAGCAGAAGAUCUCCAGCUUCUUCAAGGCCUCCAUGGCGAUGCAGGUUCCUGGGGGGGUUCUGGCCGAAUACCCAGACCUCUUCGCCCUCAUCUUGAUCAUGCUGCUUACCGGCCUGCUGGCUUUCGGGGUGAACGAGUCCGCGCUGGUCAACAAGAUCUUCACCGGGAUCAACCUGGUGGUCCUGGGGUUCGUCAUCAUCUCGGGCUUUGUGAAGGGGGACACCCGCAACUGGGCGCUCACCGUGGAGGACUUCUGCAACCGCACCAACAUCACCGCGCCAGAGUCGAUAGAGGAGAAGUUUGGCUCGGGCGGGUUCGCGCCGUUUGGGUUCAGCGGGGUUCUGUCUGGUGCGGCGACCUGCUUCUAUGCUUUUGUGGGUUUCGACUGCAUCGCCACCACAAGCGAGGAGGCCAAGAACCCCAUGCGCUCCAUCCCCAUCGGCAUCGUGGUGUCCCUGCUCAUCUGCUUCUUCGCCUAUUUCGGCGUGUCCGCCGCCCUCACCCUCAUGAUGCCGUACUACAUCCUGAACACCCAGAGCCCUCUGCCUGAGGCCUUCAGCUACGUGGGCUGGGGUCCCGCCCGCUACAUCGUGGCCGUGGGGUCGCUGUGUGCUCUCUCCACCAGUCUGCUGGGAUCCAUGUUCCCCAUGCCCCGGGUCAUCUACGCCAUGGCGGAGGACGGCCUGCUCUUCCGCUUCCUGUCCCGAAUCAACCAGAGGACCAAGACCCCCCUGUUGGCCACCAUCGUGUCUGGCUGCGUGGCAGCUCUCAUGGCCUUCUUAUUCGACCUUGCCGCACUGGUGGACCUAAUGUCGAUUGGGACCCUGCUGGCGUACACUCUGGUGGCUGUGUGUGUGCUGAUCCUGAGGUACCAGCCGGGCAGCCUGAGCUCCUCCGGCGGCAGCAGGAAGCUGGAGAACGUGGUGGGGGCGGAGAAGAUGGCCAUGACGGAGGGGGACAGCGGGGACGAGUACGGCCCGGAGUUGGAGACGCGGCCGCUGAAGGAGCGCUUCUCCUUCAGGCUGCUGCUCUCGCCCAGCUGCGACUCCCCCACCAAGACCUCCGGGACCAUCAUCUACAUCACCACCGCUGUCAUCUCUGUGCUGUUCACGCUGCUCUGCGUGGUGCUGGCGGUGUGGGGCCCGGAGGUGGUGGAGGGCCAGCCGCUCUGGGUGACCCUGUGCGGCCUGCUCACUCUGCUCUCCGCGGUCUGCCUGCUCAUCAUCUGGAGACAGCCCGAGAGCAAGGAGGAGCUCACCUUCAAGGUGCCCCUCCUCCCUGUGCUGCCAUUGGUCAGCAUUUUCGUCAACGUCUACCUCAUGAUGCAGCUGGACCUGGGCACUUGGUGUCGUUUUGCCGUGUGGAUGGUUGUGGGGUUCUUCAUUUACUUCGCCUACGGGGUGCGGAACAGCUCGGAGGCCGCAAACGGGUCCUCCCAGAAAUUCGAGCCCGCCCUCAGAGCCAAGAGCCCCAUUUACCUGGCGGGGGAGGACAGCGAGGCCGAGGCCAUGGCGCCCUGAGGGAGGGGGGCGGGGUGGGGAACGCACCCCCACCCCCCACCCCCCUUGUCCGUCCGUCAUUUCCUGUUACAGCAUCGCACUUCCUGAAUCACCUGCGAAACAUGAGACUCAUCAGCAUCACCUCGCCACUUUUCUGAAGCCUUCUCUGUAAAUGUUUAUCUCUGUCAGACCCGACAGGUUGUGUAAAGCUGACUUAUGGGGCUGAUAUCAGUAACAUUUUUCAUGUGCCCCACACCCCCACCCCAAAGAUUUUUAAGAACUGAGUAUUAACAAACCUAGCUCUGUUGGAAGCGCAGAUCAACAGUUAGUACACUUUAGUGUAUUUGCCAAUGUUCUUUGCAAGUAGUUAUGAAGCGUACAAAUUCAGUAACAACAUCCUCUCAGGAUGUCACAGAGAUGUAUUUCCUUUUUUCUUCAGCAUUCGCGUCAAUCGAAAAGAGGAAACUUGGUCGCUUAGACAAAAAAGAAACUUACAGUAUCUUCAGCUCGUGCUGCGCACACGCGGUUGCCACGGUUGCCGGUUCUCUCCGCUUAUUGGCCGUGGCCGAGACAGAACCGCUGGGCUGCAAUGUCCGCUGCUGUCUGCCGGGACCAGUCUGGUAUAAACAGGGUAUCGCUGCGUCUUUCUCACCCACUGUGUCACUGCAUUGUCCUCAUUGAUUGUAAUGGCUGACCACAUGCUCCAGCAGAAUCCAGGAGGAGAUCUCUAGCAUACAAGAGAUCUGACUCCCCUAGGGCCUAGUCCCUGUACUUCAUACUGUGUGAGGAUGUGAAGUUGACAAUCUUUGACCCAAGUGAAGGUCAUCUUUCUUGUAUUGUGAUGAGUGCUUCUAUUCAGGAGUAACUGCUUUAUGUUUAUCCUGAUGUAUUUAAGCAGUCCUUACUCAUAUAGACAUACGUCCACAUAUUUUUGUUAAAUACGUCAAUAUAUAGGUCAGAAAAAAUGUGGACAUCUAUAUAAUUUCUGAUAUUGAAGAAUGAAACAUAAUAUUCCCCCAUAUGGAUGAGCCCAUAAUUAUUUUUUACUUGAGUUCUUAAUUGUGCCGUAAAUGGACCUGGGUUGGUAGAGAAGCCAAGAGAGGCAAUAUAUAUGAAUUUAUUUUGUGCCUUGACAGAUAGUCAUUACAAAUAUCAAGUAAAUUUAUUCCCAACACUAGUGCACUUUCAAACGGAUGAAACUGUCUGGUCUGAUGUUUGGGAUUCUUAACCGAUGCAUUUGGGAGUGUUUCAUCAGUUUUUUUAAUGCCUUUGGACAUUGGAGUUACUUGAGAUGAGUAUGGAUGUCUAUACAGAUAUAAAUGUUCUUGUUCUAUCAUAGUAUUUCUCUGUCCUGGUCAUUGAAACCCCCUGACUGAGCUUGUAAUUAAAUCUUGAUCUGAAUUUUGUGAAAUCGAUCUCUGCCGUUACAAGUCUUCUGUUGAUUCAUUUGAGCCAGACAAGUUCUAGUUUCCCUGCGGGAGUGGGGGUGUUGAUGAAGGGAGGUGGGGUUUGCCUACGUUGUCUUCGUCUUGGCACCAAAAGGUUUUUUUUUUUUUUCCCCCUCCCCAAAGAGUAUAUUCAUAUUCUGGAGACUGCCGCAUAGGGGAGUGCUUGUAGGAAAAUAAAUAUUUUGUAUAUUCCAGUCCUUUUAGUUUUUGGCUUAGCCUGUCAUUUGAGCCUCCAAACCGCACUAAAAUUAGAAGUGCGAUUGGUGGCUUGGCAACUAUUUCAGUAGCGUUUUUCCAGACAGAUUUCUCAAAGACAGCAGUUUAAAGUUAAUUAAAGACGGUUUGGAGAGGCUAUAACGGCUAGCUUCUGUUGAGAUGACAUGCUUGAAGCUUUAAACUUCACUCAGCUUUGAAGACACUUGCGGUGUCAAAUUGCACGAUAAUUUCACUCAUUCUCUUCCUGCCCUCAGCCCCGAGAAUGCUCAUUCUUCUUCUCUUUUCUGUCUUUUGUAAUCAGUAUUUUAGUCUCCUAUUUUUCUAAGUGUACAUAAACAUGUACAUAUGUGCAUCAAUUUUUUUAAUAUUUAAUUUUUUUUUUCAUUCAUUUGUUCCUUGCACCAUCAGGUGUAACUUGCAUUUUUGUGAAUAUGUUUUUGAGCUUUUUAAUUGUAAGGCAAAGAUUAAAAAUGUAUUAUUCUUACAGCUUUGAGCCCUGGAUUGAGGUGCCUUGUAUAGCAAAGCGAAAGCCCAACUCUGUUACACUACUGAAGUCCUGGAAGGACCUUACAAAGCAUAGGAUGAUGUAGUUACAUGUCUUUCUUACAGUGUCACCAGUAUGGCCAAGCCCUUGUGUCAUGGUGUGCUCUUAUGUCUUCUUGCAACUGAAAAAAACCAGCACUUAAGUGUUCUUAAUGUUGUUACAUAUCCAUAUAUAUUCGCUUAUUUAUGUAUAUGUCAUGUUGAUUCUGUGUUUCUGUUCUGUAAAUACAGUAUGUGUUAUGUCUAUUUGGACUUUUAAAUUAAGUGUAUUUCAAAUAAAAUUAUUUAGUUUUACAUGAUAUAUAACCUUGUCUCUCCUAAAAAUAAAAAAGGUUUUUUUAAUGAAACCAAUUCAAUUCUAUGUGGGUUUCAUUUUCUAUUGUAAUAUUUUGCAUAUGUGAAUGUCAUGUUAAUUUGAUAUGUAAUCACUUGGUAUCUGUAUUAUACAGCGGAAGAUUUGACCCUGGAGAAUUCUGUGGUGUUGAAAUAUUGAAAUUAAAACCAUUUAUUACA